AUGAGUUUAAUAAACAAAGUCGUUAUAAUAACAGGCGCCGCUUCAGGCAUCGGUGAGGGCAUUGCCACUCACUUCGCGAAACUAUCUGCAAGACUUGCUCUAAUAGAUAUUGAUGUAGAUAAACUACGUAAAGUUGCAGAGCAAUGCGAAAAUUUGAGCAAAGCAAAGGUCCUUGGAGUCCCUGCAGAUGUAUCCAAAGAUGGAGAUGUAAAACGUGCUAUAAGUGAUAUAAAACACGAAUAUGGGAAGAUCGAUGUAGUGAUAAACUGCGCGGGUAUAGCUGGCUAUAAUAGAAAUAUCUUAGAUGCAGAUCUAUUGAGUGAGUUUGAUAAAGUUAUAAGUGUCAAUCUACGAGCUAUGGUUGCUGUAACUCAUUAUGCAGCUCCAGCAUUGAUUGAGAGCAAAGGGUGUAUUGUUAAUAUAGCCAGCGUGAUGGCUAGAAUGUCUUGUAAAAGUGCUAUAUCGUACAACAUAUCAAAAGCUGGAGUAGCUCACUUUACGAGAAAUGCUGCUUUGGAUUUCGCGGAUAAAGGCGUGCGAGUCAACUCCAUAUCACCUGGUCCAGUUGAAACGAAUCUUUUGAUAAAUUCCGGAAGCAAUCAAGUAGAAAAUGCUAAAACGUGGGAGACUUUAGCUAAAACAACGCCGUUGCAGCGUAAUGUUCAUGUAAUGGAGAUAGCAGCAAUGGCUGCUUAUUUGGCAAGUGACCAAGCUAAGGGCAUAACUGGUUCAGAUUUUAUAAUAGAUUGCGGUUUCAUAUUGUCAGGGACGGUUAAUGCAACAUUUCUUCGCAACGAUGGACAUCAAAAAUAA